GUGAAUGUUACUAUAAAACAAAUUGGUCUGGAGAGUUGGUUUCUGUGCAGAAAAGUAGGGAAUUACUUUGAUUUUUGGAUUAUUUGCCGUUUAUUUGGUUCUUGGUCCUUACAAACAGCAUUUACUUGACUUCCUCAACAGUGGUGGUUCUUCAGUUUGAAGACUGAGAAUAGGAAUCAUGAAGCUGGAGACGCCAGAAAGGUUUGAAGAUGUUGCUGUUGAGUUCUCAAGAGAGGAGUGGAAGAUACUGAGUAAAGAUGAGAAAGAACUUCACAGAGAAGUGAUGGUACAAAACUACGAGAACAUGGUUUCUGUAGGCUAUAACAUCCCAGUGGAACACCUCUGGUUCUAUAUUAUAAAAGAUGACGCAAUUCUGUCUGUUGACGCUGAAGAAAUAGUAUCAGCCCAGCAAGACUGGCUUCCUAAUAACAGUAUAAACAUCAACAGGUCUGAAGAUUUCACCAAGAUUCAGAGUCAACCGGCAUCGCUGCAGAAAUACUGCAAGUCUGAUAAUAGCAAAACCUUUCAAGAUAAGUUGUUAAGACUAACGCAAGAGACAGUGUAUACUGAAAGUAGAUACCAGAUAACUCCAACAACACAUGUGCAGAUCUACAGCAAAGAUAAACAUGUAUCUGUCACACAUGUCAAGGAUUUGAUGAGUGAGAAAAGUCUCCCAGUGCGAAAAAUGAUUCCUACCAAACAAAAACCCUUUAAAUGUUCCAUUUGUGACAGACGUUUUGCACAUAAGUCUGCCAUGGAAAAGCAUCAGUUAGUACACAGUGGAAAAAAGGUGUAUAAUUAUGCCUCAGUUGUCAAGGGUUUUGCACAUAAAUAUUUAGUAGUGUAUAAGAAUAGCCACAUGAGUCAGAAAUCAUAUAAGUAUGCCACAUUUGACAAUGGCUUUAAUGGUAAUAAAAAAUUGUCCAUGCAUCUAGUUACCCCCAGUGGGCAAAAAUCCUAUAAAUGUGUAAGAUGUGACAAGGGUUUUACAAAGAAGAGUAACUUGGAAAGGCAUCAGAGUGUCCACACUGGGAUAAAACCCUACAAAUGCACCUUGUGUAAUAAGAGUUUUAGACAGAAAGUCAAUAUGAUAAGUCAUCUGAGAGUGCAUACUGGUUAUCACCCAUAUAAAUGUUCCAUAUGUGACAAGAGUUUUACGCAGAAAGCUAGCAUGCUGAGACAUCAAUAUAUCCAUACUGGACAAAAACUCUAUAAAUGUGCCAUGUGUGACAAGAGUUUUAGACAGAAAAAUAACAUGAUAGAUCAUCAGUAUGUUCAUAGCGGCCAGACACCCUAUAAAUGCAACGUAUGUGACAAAAGCUUUCUGUAUAGGAGCAACAUGAUAAAACAUCAAUAUAUCCACAGUGAGCAGAAACCCUAUAAAUGUGCCAUGUGCGAUAAGAUUUUUAGAAAGAAGUGUAAUCUGGAAAGUCAUCAGAGUGUUCACACUGACCAGCGACCAUAUAGCUGUUCCAUAUGUGGAAAGGGAUUUAAAAGAAAGAGAUACAUUGCAGCUCAUGAGAGAAGUCACACUGGACAGAAACCCUAUCAGUGUGCUACAUGUGGCAAGGGUUUUACACAGAAGUGCAACUUGGUAAAGCACCAGUUACUACACACAGAGGAGAAACCGUUUACAUGUGACACAUGUGGCAAGGGUUUUACACAGCAGGGUAGCAUGCUCAGACAUCAGUAUACCCACACUGGACACAAACCUUAUCAGUGUGACACGUGUGACAAGCGUUUUAGACUGAAAAGUACUAUGGUAAAUCAUCAGCGUACACACACUGGGCAAAAACCCUUUAAAUGUAGCACAUGUGACAAGUGUUUUGCACAGAAAAGCACCAUGGUAAGACAUCAGCUUAUCCACACUGAGAACAGACCUUUUAAAUGUGUCAUCUGUGAUAAAACAUUUAGACACAAAGGUACUAUGGAAAGCCAUCAGCGGGUCCACGUUAAGUGGAAACCAUAUCCGUGCACCCAGAAUGACAGGGAGGUUACAGAAGAUAAGUUUGGUAGCACAUCAGAGUACCCACACUGGACAGACUGGGGUCCAUUCCUUUCACAGGAUUAAAAAUAAACAAACACUUGGACAACUUAACAAAAGUCCAAAUUACAGCAGUGUGCUAUAUGUGACCAGGGUUUUACAACUAAGAAAUGCUGGGUAGCAGACUAGAGUAAACAUACUGGACUUCAUAUAUGCAUGUGUAUACACUAACCUCAUCAGAUGUUUUACAGCCUCCUACAGGAGGCUCAAAUGAAAGUCCAUUUGAACUUGCACAGCAAGUUGUGGAACAGGCAACAGUUCAUCAGGUGAAGAGCUGAAGGUUGAACUGCAAGUGUUUAAAACUUUGUCAGAUCUAAGAAUGGUUUUGCCUUGAUAAAUGUACAAAAUUAACAUUUAAAAGAUGAAAGCUGCAGCACUAAGAAAAUAUCAGCCUGGGACAGCAAUGUGAUAUAAACAAACUUGAGAAGGAAAGAGUGUAUAAUUAUCUGGGAAUAGAUGAAGGGAUGGCAAUAAAACUUGAACAGAUGAAAAUAAAGCUCAGUAAGGACUAUUUCAGAAUACUAAAGGUAAUAUUGACAAUUGAUUUGCCAUGUAGGAAUAAAGUCCAGACUAUAAAGCAAUUUACUCUUUCUGUUCUAAGUUACUGCUUUGGUGUGACUGAUUGUCCCUAAAGGUUAUUGUAUCAACUGAACAUGAAAACAAGAAAAAUGCCUCAUGCUUAUCAGGUGAUACAUAAACAUUGGUGUAUACCAAGAUUAUAUAUUCCAUGCUCUGAAGGAGGUUUGGACUUCCUUCAAAACUAAUAACAUGCAUAGAUCUGUAAUCAAGGGACUGCGUACAUAUCUGCUGACCUCCUCAAACCUAAAUGCAGUGAAAAAAGCAUGAGAAGAAGCCUAAGAUGUUAUCUUUGCUUAGUUUAGCAGACGUGUUUCACAGUAAAGCAGGAAUAGAAAUCAAACUGUUUGGCAGUUGGCACACAGGGUUAAAGCUGUGAACUAGAGAACCUGUGGUACAGGGUUUGAUUCCUUCCGCCUUUAUUUGCUUACUGUGUGACCUUAUGUAAGUCAGUUAACCAGACAGUGCUUGGGAAGACUGACAAAGAUUGGGCAGCAACUGUAAGUGUAAAGAAACAAAAUAAAACAGACCGGAAAAAACAAAACAAAAUAAAGAAUACAAAGAAAAGGAUCAGAUGAGAAAAAAUGAAACAGUCCAGAAGUGACAGGUAUAGAGAUCUUCUGGAACAAUCUCAUACUGACCAAGAUUUGAUGCAGGAAAUGGCUAAGGAGAGGUGAACUGAAACCAAAAGAUGAAAGGUAAUAAUAGCAUCCCAGGAUAACGGACUCCACACUCACUGGUUUACAAAGUCAGUUGAAAAAUUGGGAGAAACACACAAGUGCAGGUUCUGUAAAACAGAACUGAAAACAGUUGCACAUCUCUUUGCUGGGUCAUGGGCAGAGGAUCUGUAUACUGAAUGGCACAGUAAUAAGGCAAGACUAUUGUACUGGGGAUUGUGCAAAUGCUACAAUAUAGAAGUAGCUGCAAAGCAUUAGAAACAUGACCCAGAAAGCAUUAAAAAAGGAUGAUGUUCAUAUCACAUGGGAUCACCCAUUUCCAACUGUUCAAAAAUUGUUUUUAUUUUAUUUUCAUUUA